AUGCGACGCACUACACCACCGGCAGCGGGAGCCGUGGGCGGAGCAAGAUGUCCCGCAGGUCCCAAGCGUGCCGGCAGCGGUGGCCGCCCGCGUCGCGCUGGUGGUCGUGGCGGCGGCGGCGGCGGCCCGCACUCGUCGCUCGACUCGCUGGUAUCGGGCGCAGUGGCGAAUUCAUCGCCCGAUGAUUGUGAGGAGACGGACGAGACGGGCGAGGGUGUUUGCUUUCUUUUUAUUAUAAAAAUGAACGAUUUAAGAAAAUAUUCAGGAGAAUUCUUAGUUGAAUUUAUAGAUCUAUAUAAGUCCCUUCCAGUUGUAUGGAAAAUUAAGUCCAAAGAGUACAGUAAUAGGGACAUGAAGACCCAGGCUUAUGAGAUAUUAGUGAGAAAAUGGAAAGAAGUGGAACCGAGCGCAGACCGAGAUUUCGUAAUGAACAAAAUAAAUAACAUGAGAUCAGUCUACAGGCGUGAAUUAAAGAAAAUUAACACUGAAUAUUCUGAAUGUUCUGGUAUGGGUUCAGAUGAAGUCCCAUCCCCAAGUUUAUGGUACUUCCACUUACUUGACUUUUUAAGAGACCAGGAGAUGCCUAGACCUUCAAUGUCUAGUAUGGACGAGGAAAAUACUCAGCAACUUGAUCGAUUUGAUUAUAUGGCCAAGUCUUGGUCCGAAACUUUAAGAAUUCUUCCUAAUCAACAAAGAAUAAUAGCAGAAAAAAUAAUCAAUGGCGUAUUUUUUGAAGCUCAGCUCAACACUUUAACACGGGAAGGCCACUUACAAGUAGAAAAUGGUCGAACUUGGUAACUACUCAGUUCAUACCCGGACACUAUUCAACAGAAAAUUUUGAGCUUCAGUCACCAGUUACACAGUAUGAAGAGUCGCAAUCUAUUGUGAACACAGGAAUGACUGUGUUGGACAACAUUCAAUUGCAGCCUCCUACUUCAGGAAGAUUAAUUGAAGAGUCGCAAUCCAUUUUACAUACACAAGUUAUAAACACUCAGUCUCAAUCUCAAUCAGUCAACCAAUCAACCAAAGCAACUUGUUAUUUCCGAAACUAUCAACCAUAAAUAAUGUUUUAUUACAUCUGCAUUUGUACC